UACUGAGGAGCAGUGUGUGGUAUACCAAAGAAAUACUUCCAUCUGAUAAACAUUGCCAGGAAGAAGAAGGACUUACGUCUUCUUGUUGCCUCCACAUGACAGUUUAAUAGUCGUUGGCGAUGUUUCCGAGCCCCAGCACGUCCACUCCCUUCUCUGUCAAGGAUAUAUUAAACUUGGAGCACAGCCAUGAGCUCAUGUCUUCUCUGGAGCUUUCUUCUCGCAUGGAUUGUUGUAGCUCCGCCGUCACCUCCACCUUACCUUCUUCCUGCUGUAUGCUGGGCCGUCUCAAGCACGAGCCCGUGCGGGACAUGUCCACGGGGGUCCCGCUUUUCGACGAGGAUCUCCACCAGCAGGAGCCCAAAUUCACCGCAGCCAUUUACGGGAAAGCGCUCACGCAGAUGGACGUGGUGAAGGAGGAAGCGGCGGGCCUAUUAGAAGACAAAAAUGUAAAAGAAUUGAGUCCUCCGGCCGAGCCCUCAGACGACACGAAGCCCGACGAUCCAAACCGACCGAAGGCCCGCAGACGCCGGAAGCCGCGGAUACUGUUCUCGCAGGCUCAGGUGUACGAGCUGGAGCGUCGUUUCAAGCAGCAGCGCUACUUGUCCGCCCCGGAACGGGACCACCUAGCCGGGGUCCUCAAACUCACCCCGACCCAGGUGAAGAUCUGGUUCCAGAACCGGAGGUACAAGUGUAAGCGGCAGAGGCAGGAUCAGAGCCUGGAGAUGGUGUCCCUGCCACCGCCCAGGAGGGUGUCGGUGCCGGUGUUGGUGCGGGACGGCAAGCCUUGCGUGGCGGCCGAGCCCAGCCCGUGCAACCCGCCCUACUGCGUGGCUCACGUUAACCACUUCGCUUACAACAACUACCCGCAGUUUAGCGGCUACGCCAACUCCACCUGCGGCACAAACUAUGCGUGCACUUACCCCACGACCAGCAUGCAAACAGGGGCGCCCAAUAACGGGAAUUACGUGAACUUUGGCGUGGGGGAUUUCAACAACGCGCAGCCAACCUUUCCCUCCUCUAAUGGAGGGACCGCACUACAUGGCAUUAGGACUUGGUAAUUGACUGCUUUACUGACUGCAUGUAAGGAUAAAAACUUUUGUUUGAAUAUUUAAUCAUGCUUUUUCGGUCCUAAAAUAUUGUUUUGGUUGUUUUGUGACAUAAGAGCGAAAUAUAAAAUAAUUAAAUAAAGAGCACAA